UCGAAAGUCCCGCAGCGAAACCGAAUUUGGAUCUUUAUUAGGUGACGUCAGUGACGCCAAGCCUCAUUGCUUUUCGGCAAAGCACCCUCCACUUUCAAGUUGCUCAGUCUUCAAAUAACUCUGAAAGGAAAAUGAUGAUGAUGACGAGAGCAAAGUUUGGAAUCGUUUUGAUGUUGGCAGGACCUGUCAAUGGUGCCUUUGUCCCAUCCCAAAAACCCUCCAUGCCCACGAACUUUUUCCACAUUGCGGGCGCAAAAGAUCCUGACUGGAUUGACAGUCCUUUGUCGGAAAACCACGACAAUGAGAUUCAUCAUUCGGCAAAAGAUUCUAGUCGACGAAGACUCUUGUCGUCUUCCUCGGCAGCCAUGUUGGCGGUGGGCACCAUCAUGACCCCCUCCACCGCCAUGGCCGGCAACUCCAAAUCCCGGACCGACGGAUAUACCGUCCAAAAAUCCGAAAGCGAAUGGGAAUCUCAAUUAAGCGACAUGCAGUACUACGUGCUACGACGAGGUGGUACGGAAAGUCCCAACUAUAGUAUUUUGGAGGGAGAAGACCGUUCCGGCAUAUUCUCGUGUGCCGGCUGUGGCACGGACUUGUUUGCGUCGCAAGAAAAGUUUCACAGUGGUACCGGUUGGCCGUCAUUUGCCCGGGCAUUGCCGGGUGUCGAAGUGGAAGCCGUCAAUGCCGUGACAGCCAAUUUGGUGGGUGCCGAGCUGCGAUGCAAAACGUGUGGUGGUCAUUUGGGGGAUGUCUUUAGCGAUGGGUUCCUGUUUGUAGGCACUCCUGCCUUUGUGAGUGGCAAGCGUUAUUGCAUUGAUGGUGCCGCACUGAAUUUCACUCCGGCGCAAGACGGAGCACCUAUUGUUCGUGGCGAUACCAUGAAACCACAAACUACUAGUACGCCUUCGUGGUUGGAUCCACCCAAGAUUACAGCACAAUAGCUGCUAAGGAACUAAAAAGUCAAUCAGAAGAUGAUACCUGAUAGGCGCACAAACAACCCGAGUGCUUUAGAUUGCUCUUCUUGGGCGUGACUGAAAAGGGAAGCUUUGAAAGCGAGCUAUGCCGUGGCUAAAUGAAGUUACGUACAACUAUGUCUCAAUUAGCUAGAGAAGUAAAUCCAACUUGGCACACCGUACGUUUUCAACAUG